GUUUGCCAGGCGCCUGGCCAGAGGCAUCGCGGCACCCGUGCCAUGGACGCGAUGAAAGCGUCGGGGGUCGGCGUCGACUUCACGCAGCUGCAAAAGGAAUAUCGCAACAUGGAGAUGAACCGAAAGUCGUACUCGGACGAGUCGCACCAAGUGAUGCGCCGGCAGCAGACUGUGAUUGAAAAGCUCAAGCGGGACAACGAAGACAUGAAGAACGAACUUGCGCUCGCGACGCGACACAUUACCGAAUCGAGCGCAACUGCGCAGCAGGAAAGCAUCAACAGGAUGCAGGACCAAAUUGACACGUAUGUCAAGAAGAUCGCGGCCGAGACGAAGCACUCGGAGACGUUGGCGCAGCAGAUCACGAUCAUGAAGCACAAGGUGCUGCACCAGAAGAAGCACAUGGGUGGCGUGAAUGCAGCCAAGGAGAAUCACCACAUGGUGAACAAGCAGAUUCGAAUCUUGGAGAAUCGGCUGGACAAGUCACUCGUCAAGUUCAACGAAGCGCUGGCCCAAAACAAGAUCCUACGCGAAGAAAUCGACAACCUCCGGCGAGAGCGCAUGAUUUUCGACAACAUUUACCGCAAGCUAGAAAAAGACCACAACGAGCGCAAGAAGCAGAUGGCCAACAUCAUCGAGCUAAGCAACUUGAGCUACGAACAGCGCGACUCGGCCCAGAUGGAAAUUAAAGCUAUCGAGCAAGUAAACCGACAAGAAGCCGAGGAACACCGUCGUCAGAUUGGAGAGCUCCUGGACAAGAUCGAAGAGUCCAAGCGGAGGGCCGACAUGGCUCGGGAAGCACAGAUUCGCGAGUCGCAACGACGAGAGAGCGCGGCGCACAUGGGAGACGACGACAGCGGGACGCUCAAGCGCAAGCUCCAGCGGCAGCAAUGGGGUGUGGCAAAGGACAAAGUUCACGUCCAGGUCAGUGUCGAACGUGUGCAAAACUACGAGGAAGUGUUUGCCAAGAUCAAGGCCGCGACGGGUAUCACGGACAUUGAAGAGCUCGUCACGACCUUUAUCAAGAACGAAGACCAGAACUUUUCCUUGUUCAAUUACGUCAACGAGCAAACAAACGAGAUCGAGAAACUGCAAGACCACAUCGAGUCGCUCAAAGCGGAGGAGGCCAAGUACUCGGAAGACACUGGCGACGACGCGCACCAGCACAAGCAACUGCUCAAAGAGCUCGAGUCAAAGCUCACGGCGACCGAGCACGCAGCUGACAAGUACGAGGCCAAGUACAACGAAGCGCAGAAGAACAUCAAUGCGGUCAAGAUCGCGAUCCACGUCCUGUUUGCCAAGAUCGGAUGCAAUGCCCAAGCAAUGUGCGAAAUGCUCGGCGACAACAUCGUGACGGAAGUCAACAUGAUGCAGUACCUCGGCAUGAUCGAACAGCGCACAAACGAAAUCCUCCAUCUCUACGCGGCGUUCCAAAAGUCCCGCAACGCAAGCGUCGAUGUCCCGAUCGACGCGACGGCCGCCCUGCCGACAGCCCAUGCCACUGGAUCGACUGCGGCCACGGCACCUGGCCAUGGAGUUUCAUCGCACCUCCUCCACGCGGUCUUGGGGAUCGGCCCCACCGCGCCGAUGGGCGGCGAUCCGCUUCAGAUCAACCCGCCAAACCUCGAAGACUACUCGUCCGACGAAGAGGAAAGCAUCGAGCAGACAGAUCAGAUGCACCCGUUAUCACGCGACGAACUCAAGCUCAAGACGCUCAAGGGGCUUCGUCGCAUCAGCGCCAACCCGUCGGCUGCGUCGAAGUAUGCUGCCUCUCCCAACAAAAAAAAAGGAUAGCAAAAAACCCAAGUGGCGCUCUACGCAUUCAACUCUUGUGUCCCAAGCGUAUGCAGGGGUGAUAGGGCGCGGUAUGCAGCGCCAACAGUCUCGACGUCAUCGUAGUCGUCGCGGUAAAAGAAUAACUUGGAGUACGGGCGCCGAGGGUCGAGCGACUUAGCGCAGAACGGACAGAUACUCUUGCCCGUCGUGGCAAGUCGGAGGGCGGCCGAUUCUGCCGCAAGCGCCGCGUCAACCAUGUGGCCACAAGGGUUGAAGACACAGUCGGGGACCUGUUCGUGGUCCAGUGUGCUGGUGAGUAAACGCUGGCCAUGCCGAGUUGCCACGCGAAGUGGCACCAACGUACUGGGCGUGCGGCAGAGGGGGCAUUGCUGUGUACUGGCCAUGCGAGCAUUGUACCCGCACACGUGCCCGCACGCAGGGUAAACGUGUGGCUGGAAUGCACUGGGGAUUCCGUCUUGUGGUGAAGGCUCGUGAUGAUGUCGCUUGGAGUGAAUCGGUGGGUACGGUCCAAACUGCAGCGGGUGAAGGUGCACCGGACAGUGCACACGAAGCGACUCGAGGCGCAGAGCUAGCGACCCCGGGGGCGCAUUGUUUGAACUGGGGUAGAUAAACUUGACGUGGACACCGCCCAAGUCGAGAAUGCAUCCGUGGGUCAACACGGCUUCCAUUGCGAUAGGCGCGCCAGUCGGCCGCGCGAACGCUGCAGUGGACGAUGACGACGACGCCGUCGAGACCGCAUAGAUCUGUCCAUGCACAGACACCUCAACCCACGACUGGGUUUCAGGACGCCACAAGCGCACGCCGUUACGUGUCAAUGCGUCGACAGGCUGGAUCGAGUUGGUGAAGCCAAACGCCGUCACAGUGUUUUCGUGAUUUGCGCCCAACACACGAUUGGAGACUAUCGUGGAAGCAAUGCAUUUGCAAGUUGACGACGAGGACGACCAUCGCUGGCAGGAUCGGCAGAACUUGGGGGCGUUCAUGGGCACUGCAACGUGAUGGUCGGUGUCAAAUCCGCCGGCAAAGACGCGGCAUGUGUAGGGUGGUGCACGGUCGCACAUAAUUCGCGCCGCAAAGCGAGACAUCGUUCCCUUGUCGCCGUGUAGAUGGCCAGGUACAACAAAGUCAUUGUGGGGGGAUGGCUGCCGGCCUAGCUGAAACAAGUCGAACAUGGACGAUUCCACCAACUCUGUCGCCACGGUCGUUGUGGCCGAGACAGGUAUGCACACGAACUUGGUCGAUUUGCCUGUGGCGAGCGCUUGUUGCAACCCAUGCGUGAGCUCUCGUUUUUGAAGACGUGAUUCGACGAAAACGACACGCUCAGGAACGAGCGCGUUGGGAGUGGAACGCCUGGUGAGGCAAAACCGGGUGUUUGGUGCCCCAACGGGAAGCCAGUGGCCUCUGGUGGCCGCCGCGCCUUGUCUCUUGUAGCUGCUGUACCCAAGAACAACGAGCUCGCCGUAGCGCACGGCAGGGCCGCUGCGACCCACCUCAGUCAUUACAAAGUGUGCC